GACUGUAAUGGAGCUGCUGACUCUAUUUUCAAUUUUUUCCACAUCAUCGUUCAGAUGGAUACCCGAAGAAAACGGACGACACAGUUAGACGAAUAAAGGAUUUGGAGGCGAGUCCACUGGGUAAAUCACGGUGUAAGCACAAACUUUCGGUCUUUCAGACGGAAAAGAACUUUUUUUGUCUGAGACAGUAGAAGCGAAGGGCGGCGGGGACAGUUCCCAAGUAAAAGGCAGUCAUGGAAGAUUUUGGUUCGGCACUGGAGAAAAAUGUGGCGGAUUUAACGGUAAUGGACGUGUAUGAUAUUGCCGCAGUAGUGGGGCAAGAAUUCGAGCGUAUAAUUGAUCAAUAUGGCUGCGAAGCGUUGGCGCGGCUUAUGCCCAAAGUUGUCCGGGUACUCGAGAUCCUCGAGGUCUUGGUCAGCCGAAACAGCAUCAGCCCCGAAACCGAGGAGCUGCGGCUCGAGCUGGACAAACUCAGGCUCGAGCGAAUAGAUCGACUGGAAAAAGAAAAGAAACAUAAAAAGGAGUUGGAGUUAGUGGAGGAUGUAUGGAGAGGAGAGGCUCAAGAUUUGUUGUCCCAGAUUGCUCAGCUCCAGGAGGAAAACAAGGCCCUCCUUACCAACCUGUCAGUCAAAGACUCUCCAAUGACAGAGGAGGAGCUGCAAAGACAGGAAGGCAUGUCAGAGAGGGAGAGGCAAGUGAUGAAGAAACUGAAGGAGGUGGUGGAUAAGCAAAGAGACGAGAUCCGCGCUAGGGACCGGGAGCUAACGCUCAAGAACGAAGACGUUGAGGCACUCCAGCAGCAGCAGAACCGCCUGAUGAAGAUCAACCACGACCUGAGGCAUAAGAUCACCGUGGUGGAGGCUCAGGGCAAAGCUCUCAUCGAACAGAAGGUGGAGCUGGAGGCUUUCGCCCAGGCGCAGCAGCAGGAGCUGGGGAACCUACGGCAGGAGCUGAGUCGGAUGAGGGAGCGCCUCCAAGGGGAGCAGACCGUUCCGGAGCAGGAGGAGCCGGCCCAGCCCCCGUCGCCGGCGCAGGCGCUAUGCGAAGAGGACAUGGCUGGCCUGGACCCGAAAGACCCCAACCGACCCCGGUUCACUCUCCAGGAAUUACGAGACGUCUUGCAUGAAAGGAAUGAACUGAAAGCAAAAGUCUUCAUGCUCCAAGAGGAAAUUGCUUAUUAUAAAAGUGAAGAACAGGAGGAUGAGCUGGCCCCGCCCACUCCUGACCUCUCGUCCACCAUGAGGCCCAACCCGCGUCCCAGCACCCAGCCCGAAUCUGGCAUUAAACGACUGUUUAACUUCUUCUCCAGGGACAAACGCCGCGGUUCCCAGAGGACGGGCAGGCCCGGUGAGAGUCUGUGGACGGGCAAGGAUGACGUGUACACAGAGCAGGCCCAGGAAGCUCUGCAGCACAUGUAAAAAAGCCCCCCGGACGGCAUCCAGCACAAAUGCCCCCUAACCUGCACCACACCCCACCAUCGACACACAUCAUACUUAACACUCCUAUUAGUCUCAUCUUGCACAGCCUGGAUUUAAAAAAAACAAAC